AUAAUUAAGACCACUUUUUUAAAAGAUCAAAGGAUGAUUGGAGUGGGAUUUUAAAGGGCUACGCUUUUCAUAAAGGAAAAGUUGAUCAUAACUUUGAUACAUUAAUUAUUAUGAAGCGUGGGAGUCCUUUCAUACUUUUCUUUCACUCAAAGAUUAUUGUGCUUUUAGUUUGUUUCUUCCUGAUCCUUAUUUCACCUUGCUUUCGUGUUGGAUGAAAGUGUGUUCUCACGUGGCAUGUUUUAACUUGAGGCGUCUGCGCUUGUUUUGUUUGGAGACACGAACAGGAAAGAGCUCCGAGACAGAGUGACACAAAGGGAAAGCAGGCCAUGCAGCGAGAGGAGCGAGAUAAGAGUUUCAAACCACAUAAAUCUCAGAUGACAUGACUGCAGACAAACCAGUAGCAAUUCUGCAGCUCAAAACACUUAAAACACCAAAAAGCUUUGAAAACGGGGCAAGCAGGCUUGUGUUUUUGUGUUGUUUUUAUUUUUAGCAUUUUUUCCACAUCAUACCACAACUGUGAGUUGAUAAGGGGACACCCACUCUAGUAGUCAUCAGUGAAGGUGGUUUUAGCUUUGGAGUUUGGGGAGGUGGAUCAGCCAGCGACCCACCUUUGAAUAGUUGUUAGUGGAAACUUCCUCCAGGUCUGCCCCUUCUGACCUAUUUUUCCCUCCGUAGUACCUUGUUCAUAGGCCCUAGUUCAUAUUCCUAGCUUGUGUGGACUUUGCAUGCUCUCCUCAUGGGUUUUCUCAUGGCUCUCCAGCUUCCUUCCAUUAUAAAAAAAAACACCCUUCAUGCACUGAUCGGUGAAACUAAAUCAUCCCUAGGUGGUAUUGUGAGUUUGUGUACCACUGCUUUGGACUGGCAAACUGUCCAUGGCGUACCUUUGCUCAAAGGUUGCUGAGUUGGUUCCAGAAACCCUAUGGCCCCAAAAGGAAUUAUUAGAUAAUCUUUUUAGACAUUUCAUUUUUAUUAAAGUACUAGUUUGAUGGGGAAUGUACAGUGAGCCCAGAGUGGGAGGUUUUUUGGAGCAAAGACAGGUUUGGGGUUCAAGCCUUUAUCUAAGAUAUUUAUCUUAAGUUGCUUCUGAGCUUUUUUUAAAGUGUUUUGGCAUGAAUCUUCAUAAAGAAAACUGCAUCUUUUAACUCUUCUUUUGGAUGUAGUAAUGGGCUUACUAUAUUUUUUUAUGUGUAAUUGCAAACUUUUUGUUUUGAUAGAAAAGGGCGGGGCAAAGUAAGGUAAGGUUGACAGGCUGGAAGAGCAAUAUUAUUUGCUGAGGCUGCGCUUGAAGACACAAAUGACACAUUUCCAGAUUUGCUGGUUAGACUGGUAGGGUUGGAGCAAAGCAAAAGAGGUGUGGUGAGGCACAAAAAGCAGAAACAGGUGCGGAGGGUGGCAGUAGAAGGAGAUGAAAAGACGUCAAAUUAUUUCAGGAUAAGGCUGAAAUCUCGCAAGAAACCAGCAAAACACAAACCACUCCUUGAAUCCAGCAGACAAGAGGGAAGAAGGGAAAACACAGGAUGGGGGAUGCACCAGACAUUGAGCUCUUUGUCAAGGCAAGUCUCGAUGCUGAAAGUGUGGGGAACUGUCCCUUCUGCCAGAGGCUGUUCAUGAUUUUGUGGCUGAAGAAGGCAGAGUUUAGGCUCACCACUGUAGACAUGAGGAGGGCCCCUGAAGUGCUAAAAGCUCUUGCUCCUGGAUCCCAGCCUCCUUUCCUCAUCUUCAAUGGGGAAGUCAAAACGGACACUAACAAGAUCGAGGAGUUCCUGGAGGAGAAACUAGCACCACCACAGUAUCCAAAACUGUGUUGCACCUACAAAGAGUCCAAUUUGGCUGGAGAGGACAUUUUCCGCAAAUUUUCAGCCUACAUCAAGAAUCCCAGCCCUGGGUUAAAUAAUAUGCUGGAGAAGCAAUUUCUUACAACUCUGGUGAAGCUGAACAUGUACCUUGAGACACCUCUUCCUUACGAGCUGGAGCUUAAUCCAAAUGCAAAUGAGUCUUCACGCCUGUAUCUGGAUGGAAACGCCUUUACCUUGGCAGACUGCAACUUGCUUCCAAAACUCAACAUUGUACAGGUGGUGUGCAGAGAGUACCGUAGUUUUGAAAUUCCUGCACAGCUGAAAUUUCUGAGACGGUACCUAGACAAUGCCUACAAACAAGAGGAGUUUCGCCAAAGCUGCCCACAAGAUGAAGAAAUUCUUCAAGCCUACAGUUCUGUUGCCAAGUAUUUGAUCAGAUAGAUACAUAUUAAAAAAGGAGAAUAAACAACAAAAAGGGAAAAGAACUGUAACAUUGCAAAAUGGCAGAUUUUUGUGCUUGUAUAAUUAAAAAUUUGAGUGGAAAAAUGUUUAGAGCUGGGUAUAUUUUCAACUGAUUUCCUCAAUUGUUAGGCUGCCUACGUCUGUACUUUACCACCUGUUAGAUUAAAACAAGAUCUUUGUCAGACCAGCAAAGAAGGAAAAUAUGUGUAAAUCUUAAAAAAAAACAAAAAAAACAAACAAACGUGCAUUGUGCAUUUAUAUGUGUGUAAAAACAUUAAUCUAAAUGGCCUUUAGUUCAUGUCAGUAUUUUUUUUUACUCAGAUAAGUACCGGUAACUCUUGACAUUCUUUUUUUGUAGGUACACGGGAUUCAUUUGUGUCACUACUUUUUAAGGAAAAAUACUUCCAAUUUAAUUUUCUACUUGUCAAGUUUUAAAAUAUAGAAACAUGGGGAAAAGAAAAACUUGAUAAAAAAAAAAUGUAUUAUUGAAAACAAUAGGAAACAUCCCAUGGAAGUAGUUUUUAAAUCACAACCUGCUUAAAUGCGCCUAGCUUUAAUGACUAUUAUCAUAAGAUCUCUACAAAGCUUGAUGAUCAGCUGAAUCAAGUGUAUUUCAAUGGAGCAGCAUUGAAAACAUGCGAUAUAUCGUGCUCCAAGCACCAGAGUUGAGAAAUGUUGUUGUUAGCUAUAUUUCUGAAACAAUUUGCUUAUUUGCUUCUAAUCUUAAUUUUCAUUGUACCUGGCUCAAUUGCAGUAUCUAUCUAUAUGCCAAUAAAAUACAAAAUAUACAUAUGCAUUUGCUUUUUAUGAAGUUGGUCUAUUCUUUAAAAAACCAAACAAAAUAAUCUAUUUGGGGACAAACUUCUACAUGGAUUAGGGGUGGGUUAUUUAUAAGAUCAGAAACUUAGGUGUCUGGUGGGCAGUUUUUGCUCUCCCCAAGGUCAAGAUUCUUUAGGCCAGGACCUUCCAACUGCCUCGUCCAUGAUUUUUUCUUUUCUUAAUAAAAACGUUGCUACUUGCAGUGAUGCAUAGAGCUGUUGAAACAAGAAGAAUCAUUUUCAAGCUGCUUCCUCACAGUUGGGGGCAUUUUUAGUGUUGGUAAUAAAUUAAUUUGAAUAAGAUCACAGAAAUCACAGGAAGUGGAAUUCACAAAUAGGUUUGGCACAGUGUGAAUAAGAUAUGCUUGUUCUGUUGUGCUAUGUGCAUUCUGAUGUCCCUGUGAAUGAUGUAAGAUGUUUAAUAGAGAUCAGAUUGUGUUGGUAUUAUGCUUUGCUGUGGUUUAUGUUUAUGUGACUUUGUGUCUUUUAAAGGUCUGGUCUUCAACUUGGUUCUCUUUCAUUUUAUUUUUUUUUUGGUUUUCUAAACGUUUUUUUCCUGGCCAUUAAAAGUGGUUUUCUUUUCAUUUA